UUAAGACAGUGAUUGACGAACCACUCAAACCUGAAGAAGUCGCAACACAAGCUGAAACUGUAAUUGUUAAAGAGAAAGCAAAAAAAGCUGCUGCAACUGCUGUCACUCAGGAACCCUCCCAACAUCCUGCCCCUAUUGCGACCAAUAGGCCUGUUAUCGCAACACCUGUUACUAAAGAGGUCAAGGAAGAGAAGGCAAAGGAAGUAAAGGUGACUGUGAAACCAGAAGACAUGGCCAUGGUGAAAACCACAGAGAUGAGGAUUGUUGAAGAAAAUGCCUUUGAGGCAAAAAUAAUUCCAAAUGUCAAGAAAGCUGUACAGAUGUUAGUGUCUAAAGAAACCCUUAAACCCUCAGCGCAGGGGCCUGAGUUACCGCAAAAGCACUCCUCUACUCCUCCGCCUAGUGAUGAUAUUGUCUCUGCUGAGAUGAAUAUUGAAACAAAACUAGUGGUUGAAGAGAGAUCUAAAUCAAAAAAGAAGAAAAAGAAAUCCCCGGGUGAGACAGCCAAAGCCAUCAAUGUUGAGGAGCCCAUUGACACAAAGGUUACUCUGGAAAAAUCCUCCAAAGACAAGGCCCCUGAAGAGCUGCCAGAGAAUGACAGAAUGAGUAUUUCUAAACCGGCAUUACUGCCACCAGGUCAGCUCACUGCAGUGCCCCCGGUGGAGCUUCCAGGUUCUGCACAAGUAAAAGAGAUUGGGGGACCUCCGUAUUCAACAGAUAAGCACACCAACUCUUUGGCAACCUCAGUGACUUCCUUGGAAAUGGUGAAAUCCGAGAUGGAAGUAACAGUCAAACCUAAGGUGGAGAAAGAGUCAGAACUUAAGACAAUCAAAGUGGAGCUCAUACAUGAAAGCCCCAAACCUGUAGAAAAAGUCAUUGCAUUGCGAUCAGAAUCUCAGAAAGCUGCGGCCGAGUUAAAUAUUAGCAACGAGGUGGAGGAAUCUUCUAAGACUAAGAAGAAAGGGAAAGGAAAAAAGCAGGCUCAAGCCUUAGUCUCAGAGGAAAAGACCAAAAAGCCCAUCUCUCCACCUGAGGCAGAACCGUUAUCACCCACUGAAGUAACAUCAGUGCCCAAGGCCACCGUUAAUGAUAGUCCUGUCAUGCCCUCUGAGCUGGCAACAAAGGACGAUCAUCGAAAGAUGACUCCUGAAAGAGUGUGCAGCGAGGAAAUCAAACAGGCGACGGCUGUGCUCACUGAGGCCCCUGCAGACAAAGGAGGGGAGGAGCCAACGCUGCUCUUUGCUGAAAAAAUCAAGCGGGAGGUCCUGAAACCAAAAACAUCCUCCUCUGUGAGGGAAGCGCCCGCAGCUGGAGAAUUAGCGUCAGCGGCACCAGCAGAGGCAGUUUGGGCCGAGGCACAGACCAGCCCCCUCACUGAACAAGGGGAGCCUCCCAAAGUUGCACAACAACAGUCAGACACUCAGGCAGCAGAGCAGAGCGCAGAGAGAGGAGGGCAAUUGCUCUGUGUUCGCCAGGCCCCAGAGCAGGAGGAAGAGAAGAAGAAAGAGUUAGAGGACAGCUCACACUCUGCCACUGCCACACCUAGGCCUGCCCAGCCUAACCACAGUCAUCUGGGGGAAACCUGUGAGUCUGUUACCACUGAACUGGACGAGGCAGCCAUGCGGAGGAAAAUUGUCGUGGUGGAAGAGAUUGUAGAAGUGAAGCAGACUGCCAACCCUCAGGCAUCUGAGGGGCAAUCCUGUCCUGCACCAGUAAAUCCUGAGGUGGAAGCCGAGGAGCUGGACCUGGAUGUUCUGGAGGAACUGGCCAUCGAACGGGCACUAUUGUCCGGUGCAGCAGUGGCCACUGUGAAGGGAGCCUCACCUGAGCAGGAUUGGGACCACUCACUAGAGGAACCAGAGGAGAAGACAUGGCCCAAUUUCAUUGAAGAUGAACGGGAUCGAGUACAGAAGAAGACAUUCACAAAAUGGGUGAACAAGCACCUGAUAAAGCAUUUGAGAGCAGAGGCACAGCGUCAUGUGACUGACCUGUAUGAGGAUCUUAGAGAUGGACAUAACUUAAUCUCUCUGUUGGAGGUCCUUUCUGGGGAAACGCUGCCCAGGGAGAAGGGACGCAUGCGAUUCCACAAACUACAGAAUGUACAAAUUGCACUGGACUUCCUAAAACACCGGCAGGUCAAACUGGUAAACAUCAGAAAUGACGACAUAGCCGACGGGAACCCCAAGCUGACCCUGGGCUUGAUAUGGACCAUCAUUCUUCACUUCCAGAUCUCGGAUAUCCAGGUGAACGGCCAGUCAGAUGACAUGUCCGCCAAGGAGAAAUUGCUGUUCUGGUCGCAGAGGAUGACGGAGGGCUACCAGGGCAUCCGCUGUGACAACUUCACAACCAGCUGGAGGGAUGGCAAACUCUUUAAUGCCGUCAUCCACAAACACCAUCCCAGACUCAUUGACAUGGGAAGAGUGUAUCGGCAGACCAACCUUGAGAACCUGGAGCAGGCUUUCACUGUGGCUGAGAAAGACCUGGGAGUGACCCGCCUGUUGGACCCUGAGGAUGUUGAUGUUCCACACCCGGAUGAGAAGUCCAUUAUCACCUAUGUGUCAUCCUUGUAUGAUGCCAUGCCUCGUGUUCCUGAUGCACAGGAUGGCGUCGCUCAUCAGUUGGAGCUGCGCUGGCAGGAGUACUACGAGCUGGUGACCGUCCUGCUCCAGUGGAUCCGCCACCAUAUUGUGAUCUUCGAAGAGAGGACGUUCCCCACCAGCUACGAGGAGAUAGAGAUUCUGUGGCGACAGUUCCUGAAGUUCAAAGAGACUGAACUCCCAGCAAAAGAGUUUGACAAGAACCGCUCCAAACAAAUCUAUCAAUCCUUCGAGAGUGCUGUCCAUGCUGGUCAGGUGAAGGUCCCUCCAGGCUAUCAUCCCAUCGAUGUGGAGAAGGAAUGGGGCCGACUGCAUGUGGCCAUCCUGGAGAGAGAGCGUCUGCUCAGGAUAGAGUUUGAAAGACUCGAGAGGCUCCAGCGGAUCUUCAGCAAAGUUCAAAUGGAAUCUGGGUCAUGUGAGGAGCAGCUCAACCAGCUUGAUACUCUGCUGCAGACAGACAUUCGCCUGCUGAAUGCUGGGAAACCACCUCAGAACACAGCAGAGAUGGAGAGGGACUUGGACAAGGCAGAUGGCAUGAUCCGACUGCUCUUCAAUGAUGUCCAGCUACUCAAGGAUGGGCGUCACCUGCAGGCUGAGCAGAUUUACCGCAGGGUUUAUCGCCUCCAUGAGCGUCUGGUGAACCUGCGCAGUGACUACAACUUGCGCCUGAAGUCCGCCGUAACAGCUUCCCAAGUGUCCAUGGUCCAAGUCAGCCAGCGCACUACCAUGAAGGUACGGCCCGAGUUGGAUGAGGUGACCCUGCGCUACGCCAAAGACCUGCUGGCCUGGGUGGAGGAGAACCAGCGCCGCAUUGAUGAUGCAGAGUGGGGUUCUGACCUGCCCUCAGUUGAGUCCCACCUGGGCAGUCACAGAGGUCUGCACCAAAGUGUGGAGGAUUUCCGAAACAAGAUUGAACGGGCCAAGACCGACGAGACUCAGUUAUCUACUGUAAGCAAGGGGACAUACAGAGAGUACCUGGGUAAACUGGACCUUCAAUAUGCUAAACUACUGAAUUCAUCCAAGUCUCGCUUGAGGAACUUGGAUUCCCUCCAUGCUUUUGUCAGUGCUGCCACCAAGGAACUGAUGUGGCUAAAUGACAAAGAGGAGGAGGAGGUCAACUUCGACUGGAGUGACAGAAAUACCAACAUGACUGCCAAGAAAGACAACUACUCGGGUCUCAUGCGUGAAUUGGAGAUGAGGGAGAAGCGGGUCAAUGACAUCCAGGCCAUGGGUGACAAACUUCUGAAAGAAGGACAUCCUGGGAGGAAGACAGUUGAGGCCUUCACAGGUGCCCUGCAGACUCAGUGGAGUUGGAUCCUGCAGCUGUGCUGUUGCAUAGAAGCACAUCUCAAAGAAAACACUGCCUAUUAUCAGUUCUUUGCUGAUGCCAAAGAUGCUCAGGAGAGAAUGAAGAAGAUGCACGAGAACAUGAAAAAGAAGUACAGUUGCGAUCGUUCCACCACAGCCACACGUCUGGAGGAUCUCUUGCAGGAUGCAGUGGAAGAAAAGGAGCAGCUGAAUGAAUUCAAGACUCUCGUGACCAGCUUAAACAAAAGAGCCAAGACCAUCAUCCAGCUGAAACCUCGCAACCCCACCAACCCUAUCAAAGGCAAACUGCCUAUUCAAGCUGUCUGUGACUUCAAGCAAACAGAGAUCACUGUUCAUAAAGGAGAUGAGUGUGGUCUCCUUAACAACUCCCAGCCAUACAAGUGGAAGGUGCUGAACCGCUCUGGUAAUGAGGCGGUUGUUCCCUCCAUCUGCUUCCUUGUGCCACCAGUUAACAAGGAGGCCAUGGACGUUGUGUCCAGUCUGGACACAGGUCACCAGCAUAUGUUGUCCCUGUGGCAGAGGCUACACAUAGACAUGAGGAGCUUGCUGUCCUGGCAGUACCUGAUGAGAGACAUCACACAGAUUCGCUCCUGGAACAUUAUCAUGUUUAAGACCAUGAAGUCUGAGGAGUACAGACUGAUAAUGCGGAACCUGGAGCUCCACUAUCAGGACUUCAUGCGUGACAGCCAGGAUUCUGAGCUUUUCGGCCCCGAUGACCGCAUGCAGGUCGAGGGAGACUACACCAAGACGACCCAGCAUUUUGACAACCUGCUCCGCUCCAUGGAGAAAGGUGAACAGGAUGAAUCCAUGUGUAAGAGAUACAUCAGCCAGCUCAAAGACCUGCGUCUGCGUAUAGAAGACUGCGAUGCUCGUACCGUGGCCUGCAUACGCCAACCUGUGGACAAGGACCCUCUGAAAGAAUGUGCUCAGAAGACCAAAGAUCAGAAGAAAGUGCAGACGGAGCUUGAGGGCAUCAAGACUGACCUCGACGACGUGACUGUGAAGACGCAGGAGGUCUUGGCCUCCUCUCAGAAGUCCGUCUCGGCCCCCGUCCUGCGGUCUGAGCUCAACCUCACCGUACAGAAGAUGGAUCAUGCCUACAUGCUGUCUUCUGUUUAUCUGGAGAAGCUUAAGACUGUGGAAAUGGUCAUACGUAACACACAGGGUGCUGAGGGAGUACUUAAGAAAUACGAAGAUCAUCUACGUGAGGUGCACACUGUGCCCAGUGACGUCAAGGAAGUGGAGACUUUCCGCACCAAGUUAAAGACAAUGAAAGCUGAAGCCGAGGGUGAGCAGCCAGUGUUUGAUUCCCUAGAGGCUGAGCUGAAGAAGGCAUCUGCUGUGAGCAACAAGAUGACCUGCGUGCAUAACGAGCGUGACAUUGAGCUGGACCACUACCGCCAGCACCUGUCCGGACUGCAGGACCGCUGGAAGGCCGUGUUCACUCAGAUCGACCUGCGCCUGAGGGAGCUGGAGCAGCUUGGCCGCCAUCUGGGCUACUAUCGCGAGAGCUAUGACUGGCUCAUUAGAUGGAUUGCCGAUGCCAAGCAGAGGCAGGAGAAUAUCCAGGCUGUGCCCAUCAGCAACAGCAAAACUCUGAAGGAACAACUAGCUCAGGAGAAGAAACUUCUUGAGGAGAUUGAAAAGAACAAGGAGAAAGUUGAUGAGUGUCAAAAAUAUGCCAAGGCAUACAUUGACACUAUCAAGGAUUAUGAACUCCAGCUGGUGGCGUACAAAGCUCAAGUGGAACCUCUUGCCUCUCCUCUGAAAAAAACCAAGAUGGAUUCAGCCUCUGAUAACAUCAUUCAGGAGUAUGUGACACUGAGGACCCGUUACAGCGAGCUGAUGACUCUGACCAGUCAGUACAUUAAGUUCAUCACAGACACGCAGCGUCGUCUGGAGAAUGAGGAGAAAGCCGCUGAGAAACUCAAAGCGGAAGAGCAGAAAAAAAUGGCCAAGAUGCAGGCCGAGUUAGACAAACAGAAGCAGUUAGCUGAAGCUCAUGCAAAAGCCAUUGCCAAGGCAGAACAAGAAGCUCAAGAGCUCAAGCUCAAAAUGCAGGAGGAAGUCAGCAGGAGAGAAAUUGUUGCUGUAGAUGCAGAGAAGCAAAAGCACAACAUCCAGCAGGAAUUGCAUGAACUCAAAAACCUUUCAGAGCAACAGAUAAAGAACAAAAGCCAACAGGUUGAAGAGGCUCUUCAAAGCCGUGUCAAGAUUGAAGAGGAAAUCCACCUCAUCAGGAUCCAACUUGAGACAACUGUAUCACAAAAGUGUACAGCAGAGUCUGAGCUCAAGCAACUUCGUGACAAAGCAGCUGAAGCUGAGAAACUUAGAAAGGCUGCCCAAGAAGAGGCUGAGAAGCUCCGUAAACAAGUCAAUGAGGAGACACAGAAAAAGCGCAAGGCAGAAGAGGAACUCAAACUCAAAUCUGAGGCAGAGAGGGAAGCUGCUAGACAAAAGCAAAAAGCCUUAGAGGACCUUGAAAAUCUCAAAAUGCAGGCAGAGGAGGCUGAAAGGCAAAUGAAACAAGCUGAGGUAGAGAAGGAGAGGCAACUCAAGGUUUCUCAAGAGGCAGCCCAGAAAAGUGCUGCUGCUGAGCUCCAGAGCAAGCGCAUGUCCUUUGUGGAAAAGACCUCAAAGUUGGAGGAAUCACUCAAACAGGAACACGGCACUGUCCUCCAGCUGCAACAAGAGGCAGCACGUCUUAAGAAACAGCAGGAGGAUGCAGAAAAUUCUCGGGAAGAGGCAGAAAAAGAGCUUGAAAAAUGGAGGCAGAAGGCCAAUGAGGCGCUUCGUUUGAGACUCAAAGCUGAAGAAGAAGCUCACAAAAAGAGUGUUGCCCAGGAAGAGGCUGAGAAACAAAAAGAGGAUGCUGAGCGUGAGGCCAGAAAGAGAGCUAAAGCUGAGGACUCGGCCCUGAAGCAGAAGGAGAUAGCAGAGAAAGAACUUGAGAGGCAGAGGAAGCUGGCUGAGGGCACAGCCCAGCAGAAACUCAAUGCAGAACAAGAACUAAUCCGUCUAAGAGCAGAGUUUGACCAUGCCGAACAGCAGAGAUCCCUCCUUGAAAAUGAACUUUACCGUCUGAAGAAUGAAGUCAGUGCAGCUGAACAACAAAGGAAACAGCUGGAAGAUGAACUGGCCAAAGUGAGGAGUGAAAUGGAUGUACUCCUACAACUAAAGUCAAAGGCAGAAAAAGAGACCAUGUCCAAUACAGAGAAGAGCAAACAGCUUCUUGAGGCUGAAGCUGCAAAAAUGAGAGAGUUAGCUGAAGAGGCAGGCAAGCUCAGAUCUAUUGCUGAAGAGGCUAAGCGUCAGAGGCAAGUUGCUGAGGAAGAAGCAGCUCGCCAGAGAGCAGAGGCCGAAAGGAUUCUCAAAGAGAAGUUAGCUGCAAUCAAUGAGGCCACCCGCCUCAAAACAGAGGCUGAAAUUGCCCUGAAAGAGAAGGAGGCAGAAAAUGAGAGACUUAGGCGGCAAGCCGAGGAUGAAGCUUACCAGAGAAAAGCUCUUGAAGACCAAGCCAACCAACACAAGCAAGACAUUGAUGAAAAAAUAAUCCAGCUUAAAAAAUCAUCGGAGGUUGAAAUGGAAAGGCAAAAGGCAAUUGUGGAUGACACCCUCAAACAGAGGCGGAUUGUUGAAGAAGAAAUACGAAUUCUCAAGCUUAACUUUGAAAAGGCCUCAUCUGGAAAGCUUGAUUUAGAGCUUGAACUGAACAAACUGAAAAACAUUGCAGAUGAAACUCAGCAAAGUAAACUCCAAGCAGAGGAGGAGGCAGAGAAACUAAGAAAGCUUGCCCUUGAGGAGGAGAAAAGGAGGAGGGAAGCAGAGGAAAAGGUAAAGAAGAUUGCUGCUGCAGAAGAAGAAGCAGCCAGACAACGCAGGGCAGCCCAGGAAGAGGUUGAGCGUCUUAAAAAGAAAGCAGAAGAAGCCAGGAAGCAGAAGGAGGAGGCAGACAAAGAAGCAGAAAAACAGAUUCUUGUGGCAAAAGAAGCAGCCCAGAAAUGCAGUGCAGCUGAGCAGAAAGUCCAAAGUGUUCUUGUCCAACAGAAGGAAGACAACCUCAUGCAGCAAAAGCUCAAAGAAGAGUAUGAAAAGGCAAAAAAGCUUGCAAAAGAGGCUGAAGAUGCUAAAGAAAAGGCAGAAAGGGAGGCUAGUCUUCUCCGUCAACAAGCAGAAGAAGCAGAACGCCAAAAAUUGGCUGCUGAACAAGAGGCUGCAAACCAAGCCAAAGCUCAGGAGGAUGCUGAGAGGCUCAGGAAGGAGGCUGAAUUUGAAGCUGCUAAAAGAGCACAGGCAGAAGCUACUGCACUUAAACAGAAACAACAAGCGGAUGCGGAAAUGGCAAAGCACAAGAAACUGGCAGAGCAAACAUUAAAGCAGAAAUUCCAAGUAGAACAAGAGCUCACCAAGGUUAAACUUCAGCUUGAUGACACAGACGAGCAGAAAUGUAUACUUGAGGAAGAGCUACAACGCUUGAAGGAUGAAGUUGGUGAUGCUAUCAAACAAAGGGCCCAGGUGGAGGAAGAGCUCUUCAAAGUCAAAGUUCAGAUGGAGGAGCUGCUCAAACUGAAACUCAGAAUAGAGGAGGAAAACCAGCGCCUCAUCAAGAAAGACAAAGACAACACACAAAAAUUCCUUGCAGAAGAGGCUGAGAAUAUGAAAAGACUUGCAGAGGAUGCGGCUAGACUUAGCGUCGAGGCCCAAGAGGCAGCACGUAUGAGACAGAUUGCCGAGGCUGACCUCAAUCAACAAAGAGCCCUUGCAGAAAAAAUGCUCAAGGAGAAGAUGCAGGCCAUACAGGAGGCAUCUAAACUGAGAGCUGAGGCAGAACUGCUCCAAAAGCAGAAAGACUUAGCUCAAGAGCAGGCCCAAAAGCUUCUGGAGGACAAGCAGUUAAUGCAACAGCGUCUUGACGAGGAAACAGAAGGAUACCAGAAGUCACUUGAGGCAGAGAGGAAGAGACAAUUGGAGAUCACAGCUGAGGCUGAAAGGCUCAAGCUUAUGGUUUCGCAACUCAGUGAAGCCCAAAGCAAAGCUGAGGAUGAGGCUAAAAAAUUCAAGAAGCAAGCUGAUGCAAUCGCUUCCCGUCUUCAUGAGACAGAACUAGCCACCCAAGAGAAAAUGACUGUAGUCGAAAAACUUGAAAUCCAGAGACUAAGCAGCAACAAAGAGGCUGAGGAUUUACGCACAGCUAUUGCAGACCUAGAGAAGGAGAAGGCUAGAUUGAAAAUGGAGGCUGAAGAACUUCAGAAUAAGUCUAAAGAGAUGGCUGAUGCCCAGCAGAAACAAAUUGAACAAGAGAAGACACUGCUCCAGCAGAGCUUCCUGACUGAGAAGGAGAUGCUACUGAAGAAGGAAAAGCUCAUUGAAGAUGAGAAAAAGAAGCUGGAGAGCCAGUUUGAAGAGGAAGUCAAAAAGGCCCAAGCUCUCAAAGAUGAACAGGAACGCCAGAGGCAGCAGAUGGAUGAGGAGAAGAAGAAACUCCAGGCCACCAUGGAUGCUGCUCUGAGCAAGCAAAAAGAGGCUGAGAAAGAUAUGUAUAAUAAACAAAAAGAAAUGGAGGAUCUGGAAAAGAAGAGACUUGAGCAAGAAAGGAUACUUGCAGAAGAAAACCAGAAACUGCGUGAGAAGUUGCAGCAGCUCGAGGAUGCUCAGAAAGAACAACACAGCAGAGAAAUUGACAUUCAGACUGAUAAAGUAACUGAAUCAGUCCAUGUUGGAACAACAAAGAAAGUGUUUAAUGGUGCUGGAGAUUUAGCAGACGAACUUGAUGGGAAAAAAGAUCCAUUGUCUUUCGAUGGGAUCCGUGACACUGUUCCUGCAAGCAGGCUUCAUGACCUUGGCCUUUUGACCAAAAAAGAGUUUGACAAGCUGAAAAAGGGCAAAACCACAGUGCAAGAGCUCAGCGAAUUUGAGAAGUUAAGAAAAAUUCUAAAAGGCGAUAACUGUAUUGCUGGCCUCUUGACACCAUCUAAUCAGAAAGCAACAAUUUAUCAAGCACUGAAAGAGAAAAUGAUUACUCCAGGCACAGCGCUGAUCUUUCUUGAAGCUCAAGCUGCCACAGGCUACAUUAUUGAUCCCAUCAAGAACCAGAAACUCUCCGUUAGUGAGGCUGUCAAGGAAGGCAUAAUUGGCCCUGAAUUGCACAACAAAAUGCUUUCAGCUGAAAGGGCUGUUGUUGGCUACAAAGACCCAUACACUGGAGGCAAGAUCUCUGUCUUUGAGGCUAUGAAGAAAGGUCUGAUUGAACGUGAUCAAGCCAUCAGAAUCCUUGAAGCUCAACUGGCAACCGGUGGUAUUAUUGACCCUAUCAAUAGUCAUCGUGUACCCCUUGAAACAGCUUACAAACAAGGGCAAUAUGACACAGAAAUGAACAAGAUUCUGGAGGACCCCUCAGAUGACACGAAGGGAUUCUUUGACCCCAGCACACAGGAACCAUUGACAUACUCUGAGCUAAUGGGGAGAUGCACCACCGAUUCUGACACUGGCCUCCUACUCCUGCCAAUCACUGAAAAGGCUGCUCACUGCUCCAGUAUAUAUACAGAAGAGGAAACCAAGGAUGUGUUUAGCAAAACAACUGUGUCUGUGCCAUUUGGAAGAUUCAAAGGGAAGACUGUCACCAUAUGGGAAAUUAUCAAUUCUGAGUACUUCACUGAGGAUCAGAAGAGAGACCUCCUCCGUCAAUACAAGACAGGCAAAAUCACAAUAGAAAAAAUUAUUAAGAUUGUGAUUACUGUGGCAGAGGAAAAAGAGAAGAAGAAGGAAAUUACCUUUGAUGGUUUGAGAGCACCUGUCCCUGUUACUGAGUUAUUGGAAUCCAAAAUUAUUGACAAAGAUCUUUGCAACAAGCUGCAAAAAGGAAAUAAGACCAUCAAAGAGGUGUCUGAAAUGGACCCAGUCCACAAAGCGCUAAAGGGCACAAAUUGCAUUGCAGGAGUAAUUAUUGACUCAUCCAAAGUGACACUGUCCUUUUAUCAAGCUAUGAAAAAUGAAUUUAUGAGGACAGGGCUUGCUUUGAAUAUGCUUGAGGCACAAGCAGGAACAGGAUAUGUAGUUGACCCUGUGAAAAAUCAGAAGUUCACUGUUGAUGAAGCUGUCAAAGCAGGUGUUGUUGGUCCUGAGUUACAUGAAAAGCUUCUAUCUGCAGAGAGAGCUGUAACAGGCUACAAAGACCCUUACACUGGGAAGACUGUAUCUUUGUUUGAGGCCAUGAAGAAAGAACUCAUCCCUAAAGAACAAGGAAUCCGACUGCUUGAUGCACAACUGACCACAGGUGGCAUCAUUGAUCCAGUCAAAAGCUAUCACAUCCCACUUGACGUUGCCUGUAAGAGAGGCUGUUUUGAUGAUGAAAUGAACCAGAUUCUAAGCAACCCCACUGAUGAAACAAAAUGCUUCUUUGACCCCAACACACAGGAAAAUGUCACAUACUCCCAGUUAUUCAAAAGAUGUGUCACUGAUGAGAAAACUGGUCUCCAGCUUCUCCCACUGUCAGACCAAGCAAUCAGUUCAAAGGAAGAGCAGGUUUACACUGAGGCCCAGACUAAAGAGGCUAUGACUCAGGCAACCAUGGAGCUUGACUGUGGGCCAUUCAAAGGAAAGAAGAUGACCAUCUGGGAAAUAAUGAACUCUGAAUAUCUCACUGAAGAACAAAGACGUGACCUUCUCAGACAGUAUAGGUCAGGAAAAGUGACAAUUGAAAAGAUCAUAAAGAUUAUUAUCACUAUAGUACAUGAGAAGGAGGCAAUGAAACAAGAGCAGUCCAACUUUAAGGGACUCAGAGCUCCAGUUCCUGCUAGCUCUCUGUAUGAUUCCAGCAUUAUUGACAAAGAAACAUUUGACCUCCUGCAGAAAGGAAAAACAACACCUACACAAGUCAGUGAAAACCCCAAUGUCAGCAAAUAUCUUAGGGGCUCUGAUAGUAUUGCUGGUAUCUAUCUGGAUCCAACAAAGGAGAAAAUCAGCAUUUAUCAGGCUAUGAAGAAGAAGCUCCUUAGACACAACACAGGCCUUCCACUCCUUGAGGCCCAAGCUGCCACUGGCUUCAUGGUUGAUCCAGUGAGGAACCAGUAUCUGUCAGUUGAUGAGGCAGUGAAAACUGGCCUUGUUGGCCCUGAGCUACAUGAAAAACUCCUCUCUGCAGAAAAAGCUGUCACAGGAUAUAAAGACCCAUUUACAGGCAACAAAAUCUCACUUUUUAAAGCAAUGCAAAAAGACCUUAUCCUGAAACAACAUGCCAUGCCAUUGUUAGAAGCACAGAUGGUAGCUGGAGGAAUAAUUGACCCUGUUAACAACCACCGUGUCCCAACUGAUGUUGCAUAUCAGAAGGACAUUUUCAGCAAAGAAAUUGCAAAUGCCCUGUCUGAGACAUCUGAUGACAAUAAGGUUUUCAUAGACCCUGAAACUGAUGAUAAUGUAACAUAUAAACAGCUGAAAGACAAGUGCACAAAAGAUCAAGAGACAGGCCUGUAUCUCCUCCCACUCUCUAAGCCUCAGUCUCCAACUGUUGUGGAGAAAACAUAUCUUUACACUGAGGAACAAACACAGAGUGAGUUGACCAACACCCAACUCGACAUUCCAAUUGAAGGCCUCGGUGGAAAGUCAACAAAUCUCUGGGAUAUUAUCAACUCAAAUCUGCUUCCAGAGCAGGAGCGACAGAGGCUCAUGGAGGAUUAUCGUUCUGGUAAAAUCACCAAGGAGCGUAUGAUCAUUAUCAUUAUUGAGAUCAUGGAACAGAGAGAGAUUAUCAGAGGGGAGAGUGCAAUGACAUGUAAGACAAUCAGGAGGAGGAUAACUAUUGAUGAGCUGUACAAUGCCCGCAUUAUUGACCUGGAAACAUACAACCUACUUAAACAGGGAAAGAGAGAAAUCCUUGACAUAAUGGAGAUAACCAGUGUGAAGAAUUAUCUCUAUGGCACAGGCUGUGUUGCUGGUGUCAUGACUGACUCCAGCUCCAAGAUGAGUAUUUACCAAGCAAUGAAGAGAGGCUUUAUGAAGCCUGAAAUAGCUCUCAGUCUCCUAGAGGCUCAAGCUGCCACAGGAUUUAUUAUUGAUCCAGUGAAAAAUGAAACACUCACUGUUGAUGAGGCUGUUCGUAAGGGUGUUGUUGGCCCUGAGAUCCAUGAUAGACUGUUGUCAGCUGAAAGGGCAGUUACAGGAUACAAGGAUCCAUACAGUGGGAAAAUAAUCUCUCUUUUCCAAGCCAUGAAGAAGGAUCUUGUUCUGGAGGAUUAUGCUCUGAAAAUGUUAGAAGCUCAAACUGCCACUGGGGGCAUUAUAGAUCCAGAAUUUCAGUUCCACCUUCCAGGAGAUGUUGCCAUGCAGAGGGGGUAUAUCAACAAGGAAACUAAUGAAAGAUUAAGUGAUGAUGUCAAAGGAUUCAUUGACCCUGUCACUGAGGAGAAACUGUCUUAUGCUCAGCUGCUCAAGAGAUGCAAGUUGGAGGCUGGACUACGCCUGCUCUCCCUUGGAGAUAAGAGGUUGAUGUUUAAAGGUCUGAGGAAGCAAAUCACAUUGGAAGAGCUUCUCUCUUCACAGAUUAUUGACCAGCAAACUGUUACUCAGCUGAAUGAAGGGCUUAUUUCAGUGGAAGAGGUUAGCACUAGGCUAUCAAGAUACCUUGAGGGCACUAGCAGUAUUGCUGGAGUGUUUGUAGAGUCCACCAAAGAGCGUCUGUCAAUUUACCAGGCCAUGAAGAAGAACAUGAUCAGGCCAGGCACUGCAUUUGAACUGCUUGAGGCCCAGGCAGCCACAGGGUAUGUCAUCGAUCCAAUCAAAAACCUGAAACUUACUGUUAAUGAAUCUGUCAGGAUGGGAAUUGUAGGCCCAGAAUUCAAAGAUAAGCUUUUCUCUGCUGAGCGUGCAGUGACAGGAUACAGAGAUCCUUAUUCAGGCAAGACAAUUUCCCUGUUCCAAGCCAUGAAAAAGGGGCUCAUCCUCAAAGACCAUGGUAUCCGUCUCCUUGAGGCCCAGAUUGCAACUGGUGGAAUUAUUGACCCAGAGGAAAGUCACCGUCUUCCAGUGGAGGUAGCCUACAAACGUGGCCUCUUUGACGAGGAAAUGAAUGAGAUUCUAACAGAUCCAUCUGAUGAUACCAAGGGCUUUUUUGACCCUAACACUGAGGAAAACCUAACCUACCUCCAGCUCAUGGAAAGGUGCAUAACUGACCCAGAUACUGGCCUAGUGCUUUUACUUUUGAAGGAGAAGAAGCGUGAAAAGCAGACAUCUUCCAAAUCCUCUGUUCGUAAACGCAGAGUUGUUAUUGUCGACCCAGAAACAGGAAAAGAGAUGACAGUGUAUGAGGCCUACAGGAAAGGACUCAUUGACCAUCAGACCUACCUGGAGCUCGCCGAGCAGGAGUGUGAAUGGGAAGAGAUCACAAUAACCUCCUCAGAAGGCACUGUAAAAUCUAUUAUCAUAGACCGGCGGUCAGGAAGACAGUAUGAUGUUGAUGAUGCUCUUUCACGUGGUUUCAUUGAUCAGAAUGGUCUUGAUUCCUAUCGCUCCGGAAACCUAUCUAUCACUGAAUUUGCUGACAUGCUCUCUGGAAACAUGGGCGGUUUCCGCUCUCGCUCUUCCUCUUUUGGUUCCACCACUGGCUCCACCUCUUCUUAUCCUAUGAGCCCCAUACCCUCCAUUAAACCCCCUGCAACCAUAUGGAAUGACCCAACAGAGGAGACUGGCCCCGUAGCUGGAAUCCUAGACACAGACACUCUGGAGAAAGUUUCCAUCACUGAAGCCAUGCACAGAAACUUGGUAGAUAACAUCACAGGCCAAAGACUGCUGGAAGCCCAGGCAUGCACAGGUGGAAUAAUUGAUCCCACAACUGGAGAAAGGUUCUCUGUCACAGAUGCAACUGGAAAAAACCUUGUGGAUAAAAUCAUGGUUGAUCGCAUUAACUUGGCUCAAAAAGCAUUCAAUGGAUUUGAAGAUCCUAGAACUAAAGUAAAGAUGUCUGCCUCCCAGGCACUAAAGAAGGGCUGGCUAUAUUAUGAGGCUGGGCAACGUUUCCUGGAGGUCCAGUAUCUCACUGGUGGGCUUAUUGAGCCUGAUGUUGAGGGGAGGGUGUCGCUAGACGAAUCCAUCAGGAAGGGCACAAUUGAUGCCCGCACUGCCCAGAAGCUUAGAGAUGUCAGUGCUUACUCCAAAUAUCUGACAUGUCCCAAAACCAAACUCAAAAUCUCCUUCAAAGAUGCCAUGGACAGAAGCAUGGUGGAGGAAGGAUCUGGCCUUAGGUUGCUUGAAGCCUCUUCACAGUCUAGCAAAGGCCUGUACAGUCCCUACAACGUCAGUGGGACAGGAUCUGCCGCUGGUUCAAGGACUGGAUCCAGGACUGGAUCUAGAUCAGGCUCUCGAAGAGGCAGCUUUGAUGCUGGCUCUGGCUUCAGCAUGAACUUUUCCUCUUCCUCCUUCACAUCUUCCUCAACCAGUUAUGGUCGCAGAUUCUAACCAGGAUUAGCUUACCCUGCCCCUAAAAGAUUUCGAUAAGCCAUUAGAUUCAGAACCAAUCAUGACAAUGCACUACAGUUGUGUAACUCACCGGAAAAUAAUAGUUUAGAAUAAAAAAGAAAGCAUAAUUUAUUUAUUCUCUCUCACAUAAAAAUGGCUAGAUUAUUAGAAAUGCAUUUUUCAGUACUCAGUAGAUAUCUAAACAUAUCUUACAUGCCUUACAUAUCAAGCCUUAACUAAUAAGAACUAGCUGAAUCAAACGUUCUGUUCCUUUUCAUGAAUAUUGAUUAUCAAGUCAGUUUAUAUUUUUGAAAGCAAAAACAUUACAUUUUUUUAGUCGCCAUUACUGAUUUUAUAGUUUUCAUUUUGCAAUUGUUUAAACUUGUACACUUGUGCUCUCUGAGACUAAUAUAUACUGUAUGUAUGUUGAAAAGCGAUUUUUUUUCCAAUAUUCCCUUUUCCCCUAGGAAUAUUUAUAUUCCUAUAUUUUUUUUAUCUUUUUAACAAUACUCAGUGAGAUUUGCAAACACAUUCGGUGUUGUAUUUCCCAAAAUAUGUAGAUGUUUUUAGAAUUCUGAAUAUUUGUAUAGAGCCUGACCAGAUUUUGUUUUGUUUUAUUAAUAUCUGGGUUGUUAGUUGCAGUAUAGAAUACAUCUAUGAGACUCUAAAAAAUUGACCUUACACACUGGAUCAAGUCCAAAAAUGAAAUUUAUAUGGACUCUUCCAACACCAAUUUCCCAUUUGUUAUUGCCUUGCACUCAUAGCCUCAUAUGUUCAGUGGAUUUUCACACCCCUUCAUUUCAUCUUUAAUUUACACACCCCAAAGUUCUCGAUCCCUUCUCAGUUCCCCUUAGUCAGAUGUUCCUGAUAAAAUCUCCCAAGAUGUCAGUCUUGAUCCUGUUCGCCCUCACAGAGCUGCCUGCUGUUGUUUUGGUCCUUGUGUUGCAGCCCUUCAGAAUUAGACAUAGUAGUGCAAAUACUCAAUUUGUCAGAGAAUACGAUCCAGUCAGCUUGGAUGGUCUUCUGAAUAUGGAUCAUCAUCCAGCUAUGCAGAUCUGCCAUUGAGUAUGUCCUUUCUUCCAUUGCACAUCACAUUUGAAGAGAAAUGAGGCUUGUGAUCCUGACAUCUACUUGGGGUGCUUUGAUAGGAACAGUCUUCAGUCGUGAUCUUUCUGCAUUUAUGUUGCUUGAAUGUUAAAAGUUAUGUCCAUUAUGUCCACAUGUUGUGGAAAACACUAGUAAUUCACACAUACAACACAACUGUGUGUAUGUACAAUUCUUUCAUAUGGUUGCCUAUGAAGAAUCACUGUACAGGGCUAGUGUAGCGUAUCUUCUAUAAUACGUUCAAAAUUCCAAGCAGUUAUUUUGUGUAAAUUGAGUCAAAACCAAAGUGCUACAUGACAUUUUGAGAAAUGUUUUUGGUGCAACAAGACAUUGCAUGAAUGUAUGUAUUAUAUGAAAUGUUUCCAUUUCAUAUUUCAUUUUGCUACAGAUUUCUUACUUUGCGAACCGAAAACUAGCGUGAAGCUUUAUCAUUAUAUGGCUUACAGCUCUUUUUUCAUGCCAAGUACUUGUGUUCUGUUUCUUAAAAAAUGUGUUUUACCUCUGUGAAUCAUUUUGUUUUUGUUUUUCCAUCCUGUUUUUGAUAUAUCAGUCUGCCUUGCAUAUGUUCUUUACCUUAAAAAUGGGAGAAAAUAUAUGUGAGAUACAAUUUAAAUAUAAAGACUCAGAUUUUUUUUUCUUUUUCUUUUUUGCUCAGCUCUGACUUAAAUAUUAAUAUCACAUUUAGUCAAAAACUAACAUGUUGGUUUUGUUCAUGGGCAAAUAAUAGCUUUAAAUGGCAUGGUGAGUGGAUUGUAUUGGAUGGUUUGAAGAUAACACUGAUACUACAAUGUAAAUAAAUGUGCUAUGAUGAGGUCAUCUUGUCAUUCAUGCUGCAAUAAGUAGACAAAAGAAAACAAUUUGUGUUACUGGAUAUCUAUUUAUACAUUUGUCAUUACAGUCUCUUGGUUGACACUAAAAAUUCACAACAUAAUAAGAAAUCAAAACAUGAACGUUUACAACUGACCUAAAUGGUGAUAAAACACUUCUGUUAAAUGAAUCA